AUGACAUUGGUUUCUCCCGGUAUAGACUGGAUCUACGGAGACACGUUCGGAAUUGAACACGGUACCAUUAUCCUCAGGAUCACGUGGGGUUGGAGCCUCGGGUUCGGGUUUGACUAUGAGCAUGCGCAAAGAUGGGUGCGACUGCCUGCGGACGAGCAGGUGAAACCCGUCAGGUCACCGAUGCUGCUUGGAGGACUUUUCGCCAUAGAUCGCAAGUUCUUCAACGACAUUGGAAUGUAUGACCCGGGUUUGGAAUAUUGGGGAGGAGAACACUUCGAAAUUUCGUUCAAGGUCUGGAUGUGCGGUGGAACAAUAGAAACUCUCCCCUGUUCUCGCGUGGGUCACGUGUGGGGUUCCAGGAAGACCUACAGUACAGGGAACAAGACUCUCCAGUACUGGACCGACAGGAACAACAUGCGGGUAGCUGAGGUCUGGAUGGACAAUUACAAAGUUCACUUCUACAGAAAACAUCCUCAUCUAAUGAAGAGAACGUUUGGAGACAUUUCUGAGCGCCGGCGGUUACGAGAGCGUCUGCAGUGUAAGGACUUCCGCUGGUACCUGGAUAAUGCCUACCCUGAGCUGUACGUACCAGACGAUAUACCUGGACGGUAUGGGCAGCUAGAGCCACACGGUCCUUAA